AAUAUUCAACAAGUGGUGGAGCACAAAGAACAAGAGAAGUUUCCUGCAGCUGUUUUGGAGAGAGAGGGGAAGAGAGAGUAAGAGAGAGACUAGGAGAGAGGGAGGGAGGUUGUUAGGAAGGAGAAGGAGGGAAAAGAAAAAAAAAAAGAGGCCAACUCAUCUGACAAACUGUGGGCCAAAGAAAGGGGAAGAGCAGGAGCAGCAGUGUCCAGAAGGAGUGGAAAAUCAAAGUUGGAGAAGACAAGGAGAAGUGUAAAGAAAACAAGACGGAGAGAGUGAAGGAGCCUGAGAGUCGGUACAGAAAUCACAUUUGGAAAUAAAAAAGUUUUAGGCUGCCAAACAAAAGAAGAAAGAAGGGGGUUGAAGCAGAGAGGCCCCAACAUUGAGAGAGAGAACAGGAUGUCGACGCUACCAUCAGAAAACAGCAUUGAAGAUGCCAGCAAUCGUAGCUUCUGGAUGCCUGGGAACUAUCAGCCCACUGUGAAGCGAACAGAAGAUGCUUUCCAGGCUUGUAAUGACAUCGUGGCGUGUUUCCAAGAGAGAGCUCGCGUGGAAAGGCAGUACGCCCAACAGCUCAGUGAAUGGAGCACCAAAUGGAAACCAGUGGUGGAUUCCAGUCCUCUUUAUGGAUCUCUUCUGAAGGCUUGGCAGUGUUUUCUCUCCUCAGCUGACCGGUUGGCCUCCUUACACGCCUCCAUCUGUCGCUCCCUGGUGUCGGAGGAUGGAGACCGGGUCAGGACCUGGCAGAAGGAUACCUUCCACAAGAAGUUAUUUGGAGGCUUCAAAGAGUCCCAGGACAUUGAGACAGGCUUUACACGUGCUCAGAAGCCAUGGGCCAAGCGACUUAAAAAGCUAGAUAAAGUUAGGAGGGCAUACCACAAAGUUAGCCGUAAGGAGCAUGCAGCCAGGGAGCGAGAGUUACACGCUCAGGGAAACCCGGACGUCGCCAUUGACAAACAGAAGAAGAUCCAGGAGGAGAGAGAGCUGGUUCAACAGGAGGCAGAGAAAGUUCGUGCCCGCUAUGAGAAAGUCCUUGAGGAGGUGAACCGCUACGUUCCACGCUAUAUGGAGGAAAUGGAGUCCAUUUUUGACCAAUCGCAGGACGAAGAGCGCAAAAGGAUUGUCUUCCUCAAACAGGCCUUACUCUCCAUCCACAAACACCUGGACAUUACCAACAAUGAGAGUGUAAGGGCUGUGUACAAUGAGCUCCACAACACACUGAUGGCCAUCGAUGAGCAUGAGGACCUUCGCUGGUGGAAAAACACCUACGGGCCCGGCAUGCCAACUGACUGGCCUCACUUUCAGGAAUGGAUACCUGAGAAGAAAACCAAAAAAGGGAAGAAAGAAGUAGAAAAGAAAGGCACAAUUGAGAAGAGUGUGAUGAUUGGAGGAGUGAGAGUAAGAGCUCUGUAUGAUUAUGUUGGCCAGGAGACAGAUGAGCUAUCCUUUAAAGCAGGUGAAGAGUUUUUGAAGAUUGAGGAUGAGGAUGAUCAGGGCUGGUGUCGGGGGAUAAAUGAUGGUGGAUGUGAGGGGCUUUAUCCAGCAAACUAUGUGGAGGUGGUGUAGUUGGUGCAAGUAGACUGAAUAUGAAAGAUAUUGUUACAGCACAUGCUUCAUUUUAUCAUGGAUGUCACAAUGUGUAUAACAUCCAAUCAGAAACCAAUGCUGUCAAACACCAAGUAGCUGUUAGCCAAAGGUCUGGUACGUGGUAAGAGUAUGCUAACACUUAUAAGGAUGUUUUAUCAAACAGAGACUUUUAAACUACCCAGGUCGUGUUAUCUCUUGAAGGAUUUUAAGAAAUGUUUUAAUAUAUAUACAGUAUGCAUAGAUCCUUUGUUUUGAAGCCGUAUGAUAACAAUGCUUUAAUGUAUAAAAUUGCUCUUAAGAUACAUUUUAAAACUAGCCAUUUGGUGCUGAAAUUGCAAUACAGGACUGCGAUUUCCUUUGAACUUUUUUUAUUUCUUUGCACAUCAACACAUUGCUAUAGUAAUGCUCACAAAGCCUCAAUAUAUGAAGAAAGUGACGCUAAUACUGUGAUGUUAAUUGAUCGAAAGCAGCAAAGCACACUUUGAGUAACCUGUGUUUCUCUUCUGUUUAUCAGUGUUUAAAGAAACAGUUAAACACUAUUAAUAAUAAUGUUUUUUGAUGAACACACAAUAAAUGUACUUAGUUUCUCUAUGUUUCAGGUACAGGGGGACGCUCUUAGCCUAGCAGCAUCAACACACAUUCCAGGAGCAAUAGUGCAGCCUUAUUCUAUCGUGUUUACUUAAAGUAACUAUAAUCAAUAUAUGUUCCACUUAUGUUAUUACACCCCUUGCUUCUGUGGAACUUUAUUGGAUAAUUCAGGCCUUUGUUUUGGUUUUUCUGCCUGCAACCUUUUGGUUAAGUCUCACCACUCUCAUCAGUGUGGUUUUCAGCUUCAGCAGGCAGCUGCUUUUAGUGAAAAUUGUAAACAGUAUUAAAAAAACGACACCUGUGGAGCUCUGCAUACCAAGGCUCAGGGGGAAGAGUGGGUUAUCUCAGCAUUUGUACCAAUAGCCCUAGCACCUUGCAUGGCAUUUCUAACAACAGCAAGCUGUGAAUGAGGGGCAAAUUGUAAAGCAUUAUACCCAAUAACAUAGAAAACUGACAUAUAAUCGCUGGUUAUUCAUGUUUUUUUUCAAUCCUGAUGGAAAGAGUCUAGGAGUUUCUCCCUGUUUCCAGGACUUAUAAAAGCCAGAAGCCACUAUCUAUGCAUUUAUUUUCGGGACUAACAUCCUCUAAGCAUCAAGAUGCUUAACACAGGAACAUGUCCCAGACAUUGCGCUAUCUCUGCACAGAAUGUUUAGAGAUUAAACUGAUAUUCUCUACUUCAUCAUAUUCUCAGUUUGAUGCCAAACAUUCAUAUUUGUUAGCAUGUAAGACUGUUCCUUAAAGAUAAGUAUAAACAAAUACUUUCUGUUUUUAAUCAUAGGUUGCUACAAUGCAUGUAUAAUGCUUAUCAUGGCAGUCAUCUUUACCAAAGCAAGGAAACAGCUUCCAUAAAUUACUGGGUUUGCCUUCCUCUUGUCUUAGUAUUCGUCAGCAGACUUUCUGUGUAUGAGCUGUGUGAAGUAAAACUAUGCGACUGCCUGUCUUUUGGAAAUAAAUUUGUAAACUGUA